UAAAAAAGAUUCGACUCCCAACCAACUAUACUCUCAAAACCAACCCAAAAAAAAAAAAACCGCCGAACGCAAUCACUUUCCUUUUCCUCAUCUCUCUCUCUAUAGCUGGUAACUGCCAUGGCAACGGCCUCCGUCCCGGACAAUCUCUCCAGAUACCAGUAUGUCUACCUGGCCAAGCUCGCCGAGCAAGCUGAGCGCUACGAGGAGAUGGUCCAGUUCAUGCAAAAGCUCGUCCUUGGCUCUACUCCCUCCGGCGAGCUCACUGUGGAGGAGCGUAACCUUCUCUCCGUAGCUUACAAGAACGUCAUCGGCUCACUCCGGGCGGCUUGGCGGAUUGUGUCGUCGAUCGAGCAGAAAGAGGAAGGGAGGAAGAAUGAGGAGCAUGUUGUCCUUGUCAAGGACUAUAGAUCCAAAGUGGAGAGUGAAUUAUCGGACGUUUGCGCGAGUAUACUGAGGUUGUUGGACUCGAAUCUAAUACCUUCGGCCACUGCUAGUGAAUCGAAGGUUUUUUAUUUGAAGAUGAAGGGGGAUUACCACAGGUACUUGGCUGAGUUUAAGGUUGGUGAUGAGAGAAAAUCUGCUGCUGAGGAUACUAUGCUAGCUUAUAAGGCUGCUCAGGAUAUAGCGCUCGCGGAUCUUGCACCAACACAUCCGAUAAGGUUGGGGUUGGCACUCAAUUUCUCUGUGUUCUACUACGAGAUUCUCAACCAGUCUGAUAAAGCUUGCAGCAUGGCUAAACAGGCAUUUGAGGAAGCCAUUGCUGAGCUAGACACUUUGGGAGAGGAAUCAUACAAGGAUAGCACUCUAAUCAUGCAACUCCUUAGGGAUAACCUUACUCUUUGGACUUCAGAUGUCCAGGACCAGUUAGAUGAGCCAUAGAAGGCAUAGGAAGAUUGGCGGUCCUAGUCUUAUUUUGAAGGAGGUGGGCUUUGAAUGUCAUCCAUAUGUCCUGAUUAAAAGUGUGUUAACUUUAGAAAACUGGCAUCAACCCAAUGAUACGAUGGGUUGAUAUUUGGAAUGAAUUUGCUUUUGAUUUGGAAA